UGCCUAAGAUGGCCGAGCGUGGGGCACCGAACCUGAGGGCGUGAGGCGUGGUCCCCCGUGGGCCCCACGCGUGUGCAGUGAACGGUGCCGGGGAGUGGUCGACUCAAGGCGAGUCGCGGCACGAGUUUAAACAGAAACUCACAAGUCGACUCAAGUGACGCGCAACUAGUUUAGGACGGUGUGGUUUCAGUGUUAUUGCGGUCGAACUUGCGUCUCUGAAAGUUACGUUGGCUUGUAAACUUUGGAAUCGUGUUCGUUAAAGAAGAGAGUGCCGCUCGUUUGGCUCCAGGUUCUGUUGUUUAUACACCGUCAAGUUUUGCGUGCAGCUAUAUUUACCAAAAGGUUUCUUAGUACAAAGUACCAGCCGCUAGCGUUCGUUGGGAGUACACGAUGCAACCCGGCGGCGAUAAAGCGAAGCAGUUCACGAACCCAGAGAAUCCCGGCUAUGUUGGCUUUGCCAACCUCCCCAACCAGGUCCACCGCAAGUCUGUCAAGAAGGGCUUUGAGUUCACGCUGAUGGUGGUCGGCGAGUCGGGCUUGGGGAAGUCAACCCUCAUUAACAGCCUCUUCCUCACCGACCUCUACCCCGAGCGCGUAAUCCCGGGCGCUGCAGAGAAGAUCGAGCGCACGGUGCAGAUUGACGCGUCGACGGUGGAGAUCGAGGAGCGCGGGGUGAAGCUGCGACUCACCGUGGUCGACACGCCGGGCUACGGCGACGCUAUCGACAGCCGCGGCUGCUUCAACACGAUCCUGCAGUACAUCGACGAGCAGUUUGAGCGCUACCUGCACGAUGAGAGCGGACUCAACCGACGGCACAUCGUCGACAACCGCGUGCACUGUUGCUUCUACUUCAUCUCGCCCUUCGGACAUGGGCUGAAGCCACUGGAUGUGGAGUUCAUGAAGGCGCUGCACAACAAGGUGAACAUCGUUCCCGUCAUCGCCAAGGCUGACACGCUCACCAUGCGGGAAAGGGAGACACUCAAACGCAGGAUCCUGAAUGAGAUCGAGGAGCGUGGGAUCAAGAUUUAUCACCUGCCUGACGCAGACUCGGAUGAGGAUGAAGAGUUCAAGGAGCAGACUCGCAUUCUUAAGCUGAGCAUCCCCUUUGCGGUCGUGGGCUCCAAUCAGCUGAUAGAGGUGAAGGGCAAGAAGGUGCGCGGACGACUCUACCCAUGGGGUGUGGUGGAAGUGGAAAACCCGGAGCACAACGAUUUCCUCAAGCUGCGCACCAUGCUCAUCACUCACAUGCAGGACUUGCAGGAGGUCACCCAGGACCUCCAUUACGAGAACUUCCGCUCAGAGCGUCUUAAGCGAGCCACGCGGGGUCAGGCGCCCCCCGCCGAGGAGGGUGGAGACACCGACGUCAUUCUGCAGCAGAAGGAGGCGGAGCUGCGACGCAUGCAAGAGAUGAUCAUGCGCAUGCAGGCUCAGAUGCAAAUGCAGAUGCGUCCGGAAGGAGAAUCCGUUCCGCGAUCGCACAACGUGUGAGGGGGGGUGGCGGCGGUGGCGGGGACGGUGCCCCCAUAUCGCCCGCCCCCCAUCGAGGAAAUGGGCUGGGGAGGACCACCCCCCCACCACCUCCAUCGGCAGCUUGAGCUUCCUCACAGCCUCCUUCUCCCUCCCUCCCCUCCAUCACCUCUCCUGCACCCCCACCGACACCGCUGUCUACCCUGCACCAUACCUCUACACCACCGCCAACAACAACUUGCAGAGAACAUGGACGCUUCAUUGCAAUGUCACUGCCGAUAUCAAAUGAGCAAUAUUUAUUCGGUUGUGGUUUUUUCACUCCGCGAAAACGAAGAGUCAAUAUUUGUACCGCCUGAGUUUACGAAUCAAUACAGCUUGCAGACUACCAAUGCAGUACCUCUCCCAGCAGCUCACCACCUUGCCAACCGGAAUCGCGGGGUGUGUGUGUAUGUUCGUCGCGAGCUCAGUGAGCGUGUCUGUGUAUGCACGAAAAUAUUUCUUUUUUUGCGGGAGUCUUUUUUUUAGAAAAACAAACAAUGCUAUCUUAUCCUCAAAGAGCACACGCGGUGUCUACUAAAAUGUGCCUUGGUGUUUUGCCUUCUCUCGCUGGAGCCCAGCCUCGCCCAACGAGUCUCACACGAGGCUUACUCGCAUCGUACAUCUCCUCUGGGAGUAGGACACCCCUUGCAUGCUACCGUCCCCUUUCUCAAGAUUAUGCAAAAGGAGUUCUCGAGAACCCCCCCACGCCAAAAAAAUCGUUGCGUUUUAACAUAAAUGCUCAUUAAAGGUUGUAGAUUAAUUUUGAUAUUUUUAAGUUAGAAGUUACGAUAGAAGCAGAAAGGUGCCAAUAACAAAACUCUUCCUAAAGCGUUGUGGCUGCACGUGACCAUAGACGCGGAAAAGCUGCAGCCGUGGCCGUUGAGUGGGACCAGGGGAGGGAGUUCUGAGGCCAGAGGCGACUGUCCCCCCGGUAGAUGCAGGGAAAGAAGAGCAGUCUCAAGUUUUAGUGACCCUAACCCAAACACUAAACCUGAAACCCUACCCCCUAAGCCCUAACUUCUAACUUGUAACCCUCAUUGUUAAACCCUGUUCAUUUACUGGAAAUAAUCCUAAACCCCAACCUGAACUUCUCACCCUUAUCACUAAAUCCUAAACUAUACCCUAACCCCCUAUCCCUUUACCCGAACCCAGGAAUCGGCAACCAAAAUAACAAGAACCAUUUUUUCGAAUUCAAUAAACCUCAAUAUUUCAAGAGCCGCAAUGCACGCAGUGAAUACGAGACGUCGAUCAAUAAUAACGAUCACGAAGGAGUUCCUGAAAGAGCCGCAUCCAGCUCCAGAGAGCCGCAGGCUGCCGACCCCCGCCCUAACCCAUAACUUCGAACCCGAACUCGGUUGCUUAAUCCCUAAACCCGAACCCAUUCACCCUGCGCUGCAAGCCAAGGAAGGCUGUGGUUGGAUUUAAAUCUGCUCGGUGAUCGAACAAGGCAAUCUGUGGGAUGGAAGUGGGAGGCAGAGCCUCAGAUUCUCUCCCCACAUCUUAGCGGGGGGGAGCGGUCGAUAAUUUUCUUGAUGCAUUGGCACAGCGCGAGCGUCGCGUGUUUAGGUCCAUGUUUUAAACGUGAAAUAAAAGCUGUCUUUCAAGCA